AUGGAGCCGCCGCCUGUCAUUGCACUGCCCACAAGGCCUCUUUCAAGCAGUCUCCUCUUUGGCGAGAGAAUGAGUGAACUUCUAUUUGAUGAUAUUUUCAAGAUUGAGAAUGUAGACCCGGAUGGUAAAAAGUAUGACAAGGUUUCUCGGAUUGUAGCACGAAGUGAGAAGCGUGACAUGUACAUGCUUCUAGAUGUAAAUACAGAGAUUUAUCCUAUGAAAGAAAAAGAAAGAUUUUUGAUGGCUUUGUCUCCUUCACUUGUUUUGAAUACUAAGGAUGGCUCAGUGUCAAUUCAAGACAAGUUUGAAUACAUCAUGCAUGGAAGUUUGUACAGCAUUUCUAACGAGGGAUGUUCAAAAUCUCAGUGUGAAGUGGAGAUGUUUGCAUCAUUUGGUGGACUUCAGUUGAUGCUGAAAGGUCAUGCUUCUCAUUGUGUUAAAUUUGCAGUUGAUCAGAAGUUGUUCUUACUAAUAAGGAAGGUUGAAAGUUGA